AUGCAAGAUAUUGGAGGACAGACAAAUGUGGAAGGUGCUUCUGCUCGAAAAACACAAACUCCAGCAGCACAGCCUGUACCACGGCCAGUUUCUCAAGCAAGACCACCUCCAAACCAGAAAAAAGGAUCUCGAACUCCCAUAAUCAUUAUUCCAGCAGCCACAACCUCUUUAAUAACGAUGCUCAAUGCAAAGGACCUUCUGCAAGAUCUGAAGUUUGUACCAUCAGAUGAAAAGAAGAAACAAGGCUGUCAACGAGAGAAUGAAACUCUAAUACAGAGAAGGAAGGACCAGAUGCAGCCUGGGGGAACUACAGUCAGCGUUACUGUACCUUAUCGAGUAGUAGACCAACCUCUGAAACUUAUGCCACAAGACUGGGAUCGUGUGGUGGCAGUGUUUGUACAGGGUCCUGCGUGGCAGUUCAAAGGCUGGCCUUGGCUCUUGCCUGACGGAUCACCUGUUGAUAUCUUUGCAAAAAUUAAAGCUUUUCAUCUCAAAUAUGAUGAAGUACGCCUGGAUCCCAAUGUACAGAAGUGGGAUGUAACAGUGUUAGAACUAAGCUACCACAAAAGGCACUUGGACAGGCCAGUAUUUCUACGCUUCUGGGAAACUUUGGACAGGUAUAUGGUAAAGCACAAAUCUCACUUGAGAUUCUGAAUCCUUCAGCUGCCAUUUAUUUCCUGAAGUAUGGAUUGAGAAAAAUGAAAGGGGCUCCAGUUUGGAGACCAGAGCUCGCACUAUAUGAUAUGUCAAGAACUUUGCAAAUGAAGAAGGGUCACAGUUUAAACUUUUUAUAAAAUCUUGUUUGGAUGCUUCAUGCUAUGGCAGGUUGAGACCUGUUGUUAUUCAGAAGCAAAGGGGUUUUGCUUAAAACUAUUUUUUUAAUGUUGUUAGCCUUCUAGUCUGCAAUCCAAAUUGUAUAUUUUGAUAGCAGCAGUUUCUUCUCUGUUUUGUUAAAUUAGCCACAUUUUUAAAUAAUGUGUUUUGUUCCUUAUUAGAGAAUAGAUUGAUCUUCACUGCAGGUUACAAAUGUGUGUGUGUGCAUGUGCGCAUGUGCGCACGUGUGUGUGUGUAUAUAUAUGUGUGUGUGUGUCUAUAUAUAUAAUGUAUAAAAAAAAAUUAUAGACACACUUAUGCACACAUAGAUGUUACCAGGCUUUCUAAACCACUUAGCUUCUGAGCUUAGUUUUGGUUUUCUUUGCUUAUUGUUUCACUUACUGAAAAUAUUUUGUUGUGAUUGAUACUACAUUUUAGUCAGUAGGACUUGCAAACUGAGCAAAGUGAAAAUUGUUUUGGAUAAAUCAAAAUGUCAACCUGUAUAUGUAUAUUCUGUCAGUCUUUGUUGAAAAAGGGAAGGUGAAAAAACCUAGAAACGCUUUUUUGGAUUUGUAAUGUCCCAGUUUACUAAAUCUUUCAACUUUAUAAUAGUAACACCUUCAAGUCAUGUUAACUUUAAAUUGCCAUUCUCCACACAGGGGUCUCUAUUCAAACUGAAAGUGUGCAUGUGUACAUUCCCGUCUAUCAAAAUACCUUUACAUAUGAGUCUCAAUGUUACCUGGAUUAAACAAUGAAUAGAGAAGGAGAGAGUUUGGAUUUUUUUUUUUUCCCCGAAACAGCUACCACAAGGAAUGAGUAAUUUUAACUUCUUUGCAUUUGUACCUCUAAUACCACCUCUAAUAUUAUUUUCUUGUGACAAAAGUAGCAAAGACUAUGUCUACAGGAGUUGUAAUUUUCUGAGAUGAGUGGCUAAUACAGCCUCCUAACAGUCCUGCAUUGGAAUGGAAAAUGACCUUACUCCAAUUACCAAAGAACAGAUUUGUUUGAUCUACAGUAUAACUGAGGCCAGAAGACCUUGGUUUUUGUAUGCAUUUAUGGUAUCUCUGUAUCUAUUUAAAAACAUUAAGUUGAUGUUGCAUACCAGUGGAUGUAGAGAAUGAUCAAAUACUGUAACACCCGCAUGAAUUUUUUUCUGGGAUAGAAAUACGUGUUUAUAUUCCUGUUCUUGAAAUUCCAAACCAUGUUUUUUAAGUAUACUUUACAUUUAAGGUUUGAUGAAAGUAAAAUAUUCUACCUAUUAUUUUUUAGUUUUGCUUUUUAUUUGACAUUACCUUAAUUUUUAAUAAAAGCAGAAGGCACAUCUCCUUAAGAGGUUAAAACUAUGUCUUAAAUUUAUGAGGAUUGUGAGGUCUGACUUUUAUUUGUGUUUCCAUCCCUGCUAUAUUAAGACUACUAUCUUUAAAUGAUCUUAAUGGAAAU